AUGAAAUUCAUCAUAUAAUUAUAUUACUUUUUAAAUAAGAAAUAUAAUGAUGGAUUAAAUUUAAACUUAUUAUAAAUUGAUGAAAGAAUUAAAGCUUAUAGAUAUGAUUCUUUAGAAACAAUUAAAUAUUAUUACAUAUCAAUUAGAUUUAAGAAUCUUAUCAUAUUAAGUAUUCUUCAAUUAGUCUAUGAAUUUAAUUGUUGCAUUAAUUAUUCUUAAUAAUAAUUGCACGUAUUAUUUGAUUUCUAAGAGAAAGCAUUAAAUAGAUGUGCAAUAUAAUUAGAAGAUGGACAUAAUAAUGCAGAUGAUAUGGCAUAGACAUUUUGUUGAAUCUAUUAAGAGAUGAUAUAUUUCGAUUGCCAAAAUCUAUUGCAAUUCUUAUAUGAGAUGAUGGAGAUAAUGAAAUUGCCACAUUAUCUAGAUUGAAAUCUAUUAAUUAAGCUUGUGUGGAAGGGAUCGUUGUGUAAACUCAAAUAAUUCAAUAAUAUAUGUACUUACUCUCCUAAAGUAUUUAGAG